GGAGUUGGUGGAACGCGCUCCUUCACUCACUCUCUCUAUCAGUCAUGAACUGAUUCUGAGCGAGAAACGCGUGUGUGAGGCAGAGUCUGCGUGGUAUCUCUCUUAAAACAGGAACAAAAGACCGCAGUAAAGGUGGGGAUUUUACCAUGUUUAAGGCAGUGCUGAAGAAAGGUCGAGAGGGAGGAGGAAGAUCUGGUAAAAGAGAAGCAGGAAGUCAAUCUGUCAGCCCCAGUUUCCAUCACAGAGUUCAGGAAGAGGGGAUUGUGGUUCUCCAGAAUCAUGGCAGUGGGCCACUCCCAGUCCAGCCGUACCCUGCAGAGGAGGUGCUGAGGCCGAGUUUGACCAGAGGAGUGUCCGUCUCCCUCCCUUCCUCCCCUCUGCUCCCUCCCCGUCAACCCUAUCUAUCGCCCGUCCGGUCAAACAAGUCAUCAGGUUCAAUCAGGACACCCAAAUAUGUGGAGAAUCCGCAUGCUCCUGGAGAUCCUGUCACCUGUGCUCUGAGGAACAGGAAUAAGAACAACACUGAGCUGCUCUCGACGGCUGAGUCUGGCUCCUCCCCGGCUGUCCAGGAGCUCAUGACACGGUUGGGCUUCCUGCUGGGAGACGCCAUCCCCACCUCAUCACAAACAAACAUGGAGGAGAAACAGUGCAUAGUGUCCAGUCAGGGCGUGAGUCCCUGCUCCACUCUGACCAGCAGUACGGCGUCUCCCAGUGCAGAGAGCCCCUGUUCCACCUUACCCGAGAGCUCCUCGAGCAGCAGGGCUCCUGUUAUCUCCUCUAGCACCUUCUCCACUGCCACCUCCACCAUCAUCACUACACCCAGUUCCACCCUGGAGAGCAAGGACAGUGGAAUCAUAGCAACAGUCACCAGUUCCAGUGAGAAUGAAGAACGCAGUGGCUCUAGUCUGGAGUGGGCGAAAGAUGGUGGUGCAGGUUUAAGGGCCGAGAGCGGGCGUAGCGCUCCCUUGACCUCGGAGGAACCGGUGGUGACUGGUGAAGCCCAGCUGGGGACAGGAAGCACAGGAGGGGGGGCACCUGUCACGACAUCACCUGUGGAUGGACCAGUCACGUACCAUAGCACUUCUUUGGUUAUGCCACGGCCAAAUUCUGUGGCAGCCACUAGCAGUACUAAACUGGAGGAGCUGCGGUAUCUGGAUGAGCAGAGAAAUGCUCCCCAGCGCUCUUCCAUGCGUUUGCCCUGGCAUGGAGCUCACACUGGGGGCCGCAGUCAAGAGAAUAAAGCUCGUCUCACACCCUACAAACCAGUGGACAUCAUGCUCAAACCCCUGCUGUUCGAGGUACCCAGCGUCUCUUUGGAUGCAGUGUUUGUCGGCCGUGAUUGGCUGUUUCAGCGACUGGAGGAUGUGCUUAUGGGGGGAGGAGAUGCCAGUGAGGGUAAAGGGGCUGUAAUCACUGGGAACGUUGGUUUCGGAAAGACAGCAGUGAUGUCACGGCUAGUGGCUCUCAGCUGUCAUGGUGGACGAAUGAGGCAGAUCGCCUCCAACAGUCCUGAAGCUACACCCCAGAAUCGAGGGGCUGAUGCUCAUCAAAGCAAUCAGCUGAACCCCCCCUCACAGAGUCCCCUCCGCAGCAACAGCUGCCCGCCUACGCCAGACACACACCGGCACAGGGAGGGGGCAGUCAAACGCCUGGCUAACAAGGUGGUUGCGUAUCACUAUUGUCAGGCUGAUAACACGUACACAUGCCUGGUCCCGGAGUUUGUGCACAGUGUGUCCGCUUUACUGUGCAGAGCCCCUCGCCUCAGUGCUUAUCGAGAGCUGUUACUUCGAGAAACGCACCUGCAGAGCCUGCUCAGCUUACGCUCCUGCGUCCAGGACCCUGCCGCCGCCUUCCGUAAGGGAGUCCUGGAGCCCCUCGCACUUCUACGCAAAGAGAGUAAGAUUCCAGAGGAAGAUUACGUCAUCCUAGUGGACGGUCUAAAUGAGGCAGAGUUCCACAAACCAGACUAUGGAGAUACCAUUGCAUCCUUCAUCACCAAAAUCAUCUCUAAAUUUCCUAUUUGGCUUAAACUGAUUGUGACCGUCAGGGUCAACCAAGUGGAAGUCACGAGUCUCCUCCACUUUCCCAUCAUCUCUUUGGAUGAUUUCCAUGACAAUAAGGAUAUAAACUCUGACCUCACCUCCUACAUCCAGCACCGUAUAGACCACAGCCCUGACAUCAUCAGCAACAUUGCCAUCAAUGGCAAAGCAGACCCAGCGAACCUCUCUAAGCUCAGCGCCCACCUGGUCUCCCGCAGCCAGGGCUCAUAUCUUUAUUUAAAAUUAACUCUCGACCUGUUUGAGAAGGGUCACCUGGUCAUUAAAAGCUCCAGCUAUAAGGUGAUACCAGUGUCUCUUUCUGAGCUCUAUCUGCUGCAGUGCAACAUGAAAUUCCCAUCGGCCUCAGCAUUUGAACGUGUGUUGCCACUGCUAAACGUGGCUCUGGCAUCUUUGCACCCUCUGACGGAUGAGCAGCUCUUCCGGGCACUGAAUGCGGGAUCCAUGAGAGGAGAGCUGGAGUGGGAGGACUUCCAGCAGCGCAUGGAUGCUCUUUCCUGCUUUCUGAUUGGCCGUCGAGACCGAACGCGUAUGUUCUGCCACCCGUCCUUUAGGGAGUGGCUGGUAUGGAGGGCGGAUGGCGAGAGCACUGACUUCAUGUGUGACCCAAGAAGUGGCCACGCUCUGAUGGCCUUCAUGCUUUCACGUCAAGAGGGAAAACUCAACCGCCAACAAACCAUGGAGCUGGGCCACCACAUUCUUAAAGCUCACAUAUUCAAGGGUCACAGUAAGAGAACAGGGGUUUCGUCAAGUGUUCUGCAGGCCUUGUGGAUCAGCUACAGUACAGACAGCCUAUCUGCAGCUCUUUCCUCCCUCAGAAACCUGUACACACCCAACGUCAAGGUGUCCCGGUUGCUGAUCCUGGGAGGGGCGAGUGUGUGUUACCGUACUGAGGUUUUAAACAGUGCACCAGUGCUGUGUGUGCAGUCUCACCUGGGCCACCUGGAGAUGACUGCUUUGCUCCUGGAGUGUGGGGCGCCAGUGGAUGGGCAGUCGGAGAACGGCAUGACCUCCCUCUGUUAUGCCUCAGCUGCCGGACAUCUGCCACUUGUCACCUUAUUAUGCAAAAAAGGGGCAAAGGUGGAUCAUGCUGAUAAGAGCGGUCAGUGUGCACUGGUUCACGCUGCUCUGCGGGGUCAUGCUGAGAUUGUGCAGUAUCUUCUGGAGCAGGAGUGGAGUUCAGACCUGAAGAACAAGGCACUACAGCAGGCGCUGAUCGCUGCCUCCAGCAUGGGACACACACAGGUGGUCAAAAGAAUGCUUGCAUUGAACAAUGACGAUUAUUCAGUGCAGAUUGAUGGUCAUGAUACUUUGUGGGGUGAAACAGCUCUAACCGCUGCUGCUGGCCGGGGCAAACUAGAGGGGUGUGUGUUCCUGCUGGAUCAAGGUGCCAGUGUAACACAGCCUAACCGCAGAGGGGUGGCACCCGUCUUUAAUGCAGUGCGACAUGGACACACACAGAUAGCAGAGUUGUUUCUGCAGCGUGGCGCAGACGUGAAUUGCAGUGAUAAACAUGGACGCUCUCUACUGAUGGUGGCCGCAAGUGAGGGACACCUGGAGACUGUGGACUUCCUGCUCUCACAGGGAGCAUGUCUGACAACAGUGGAUAAAGAAGGCCUGACCCCGCUCGGGUGGGCAUGUUUGAAAGGACAGAAGAAAGUGGUGGAGUUUCUAGUGGAGAGGGGAGCUCAGAUUGACCACACGGAUAAGCAUGGACGUACCCCGCUGGACCUUGCUGCUUUCUACGGAGACGCAGACAUAGUGCACUACCUGGUCGAGUGUGGAGCGGCGAUCGAACACAUGGACUACAGCGGCAUGAGACCUCUGGACCGGGCCAUCGGUAGCAGAAACACCUCAGUCGUGGUCACUCUGCUGAAGAAAGGGGCUAAACUGGGCUACAGAACAUCUCCUUAUGAGCGAUCAGGUAACGCUGCCUGGGCCAUGGCCACCUCCAAACCGGACAUCCUCAUCAUACUUCUGCAGAGACUCAUGGAGGAGGGAAACCUGCUUUAUAAGAAAGGAAAGAUGAAGGAAGCUGCUCAGAGGUAUCAGUAUGCACUGAGGAAGUUUCCUAGGGAAGGUUUCGGGGAAGACCUGAAGGCAUUCAGGGAGCUCCGGGUUUCCCUCUAUCUCAACCUGUCCCGCUGCCGCCGCAAAACCAACGAUUUUGGCAUGGCUGAGGAGUUUGCCACCAAAGCUCUCGAGCUCAAACCAAAGUCCUAUGAGGCAUUUUAUGCACGUGCCAGAGCCAAAAGGAGCAGCAGUCUGCCUGUGCCUAUUGACUCCCGACCCGCACAGCAAAUGACCAGGCAGUUUGCAGCUGCGCUGGCUGAUCUUCAUGAAGCGGCACGUCUGUGUCCCAGCAACCGAGAGAUCCGACGUCUGCUGGCUCGCGUGGAGGAAGAGUCCCAACACCUGCAGCGACAGGGUUCUAAACACCCUACCUCUCACGCCAACCCCUCACACCACGAGGAAGACGAUGACGAGGAAGAUGACGAAGAUGACCAAGACAUUGAGAGUUCGGAGAAAAGCCCAGACAGCCUGAGCAUAAACAUGUUGCAGGCAGAUGAAGAGGAGGAGCGGCGUGAACAAGAAUCCUCUAGGCAGGAGAAGAGGAAGGAGAGCUGGCAUCAGAGCCGCACCUUGCCCGAUUCUCUAGGCCUGGCGAUAUCGGGUGCCCAGUCUGCCGUCUCAGCAGCUGCCCCGGGGCGGGCCGCCCACAGGCGCCUUCCGUCCAGACAGGCUCAAAGCAUGAAAAACCGCGAGUACAGCAGCUCGCUACACAUCGAGGGCAGGCCGCCCCAGAGUGCCGGGUCGAGCCCCAUGCCGAGCCGCCACCGACCCACCUCACUCCGAGCAGGGCCCUGCAUUGACAUAAGCGGCGCUGAGAGGGGUGGUACCAGAGAGGGCGCCAUUCAGUUUGGACACGCUGAGAAGGCCGAAGCCAGCGUUGAGCCAAGGGGGGAAUUUUGCAGGAGCAGCAGCGUGAGAGUGUCCAGCUCCUCCAGCGGAAACCUGACGGAGACCAGCCGCGUACGCAAUUCUGUGGCUAGCGCUCCCGACAGCGGCACGAGGCAAUCGGAGCAUAAGCCACGCCCCUUUAUGGGUGUCAUUGACAAGACUGCACGUUUCCAGCAGCAGCUGCAGCUGCAAGGUCACCAUGGCAACCUGGUGUCCAGUUACGGCUGGCAGGGACUUGUGCCAGAAGGCCUCGUAGGUCACAACGUAAGUGUUAUGAACACGCACUCGCAAGGACUGACUAGUGACCUCCAAUACGCUAAAAUGAACACGUAUCAGGAGCCCGUCCAUAACAGCACUCAUACGCCCGAGUUUCAUCCUGGACACGGAUACAAGGACUGUAACCCCCUCCAGCAGCACUACAACGACACCAAGCUCAAGCAGGCCAGCCUGGCCCGGGACAACCCCAUCCUGAUCAGCUCCAUCAAACCGAAACGCUCCUUUAUCGAGUCCAACGUGUAGCUAAAAACUAGAGCGCAAAUUAUUUACAAUCUUACGACUUUAAUAUUGGGGGCUCGGUUUUCAUCAACAAACUCAACGUCGUUUGAGUCGGGUUUUGAAGACUAAAUUCAAAGUAUUUUUGUGAGUGCUCCAGGUAAGCGCACACGAGUUAAAGAUUGCCUUGCAUUUCCGUUUACAAGUACAGCUUCAGAGGUAUUUAAGCACAUGUUUGAAUGCGCAGCGCUGCGUCCGCACAUUAAAAGAGAACAGAGCUAUAAUGCAGAAUGCAGAUGAUGUGUAAAUGUAUUAAGAUACCUGACUUUAGACUUCAGUAAGGACAUAGGACGUCUACCCAGAUGAAACACUCGAUCGUGGACCAGUACUAUGUGUAUUCAAAAGCAUUUCACGUUUGAAUGGUGAUGAGUCUGUUUGUGUGAGUAUUUCUUUUGGGAAAUCUGUUGUAUUGCUUCAUAACUUACUCACUGUUUUGACUGAUUUAUUUAUGGCUUGGUUGCCUGAUUAAAACAAUAUUAUAUUUUAUAUAUUAGUUAUUUUUGCACAGCUAAAUAUUAUGAAAUACAACUAUGAUUGUGAGAUUGACAUGAACUGUAUAAAGGACACCAGGUUUACAUGCAUGUUAUGAUGAACCAUAUUCAGGUGUCUAUGAGGACAGAUGUUAUUUCAUAUGUACAUUAUUUGCAAUUAAUUUUAUGUAUAGGGCUGUUAUGAAUUGUAUUUGAAUAUUUCAGCAUCAUAUACAAUAAACCCCAGUUUAAGACUUCG